AUUUAGCUACUCAUGUAGUCUUUUAUAAUGCAAACUUGAACUCUUUUGCUAAUAAAUGAAAAGCACUGACAGGCUCUGAAGAAAGUGCUGUCAGUCUUUUACAGCAGUAAAUGUGGUGACUGUUUGUUCCUCAUAUUACUCCUUGCCUGUAUUUUUGAUUCUCACUCUAUUUUUACACCUAGAUCUCAAUUUCCAUUGGUUCAGUGCUGCUGAUUGGUGCUUAGCUUCCCACUUUAUCUGAAAUGUGGAGACAAAAAUGAAGGGAAAAGGAGACAUCAGCAUCCCUUGUUUUUUGGAACAAUGACAAUUUCUCAUAUACCCAGAAAGACAAGCAGGAAAGUCUUAGGAAGCUGAGGAAGAAAAAAGAAGGGAAAUCAACAUAAAGAGAGGAAAAUAUUUUUUGGAAAGAGACAAGAUUAGUUGUCACCAGUAACAUGGAAAAAAAUAUUCAAGAAGGAGAAUAGACAUAGAAGGGGAGGAUGGGUUUAAAUACCACUAUUUAAAUAUUUAUAAAUGCUAAUAAUGAUAAUGAUCUGGAAGAAAUUUGUUUAUGGGGUAGAAGAUGUCUUACAACCAGAUCACUGAGCUGGAAUGUAGUGCUGAUGGUUUGAGAUGGAAAAUCAUAGUGUAUAUGGAAGACUGUCAAAGACAGGGGCAAAGACUGGAAAGAAACAUAGUAUAGGUAAAGAAAAGCACUCGGCAAUUUACAGCAGUGGAAAUUAUUCUGUCCCCAUCCUAGCUGUUAAUGCCUUUUCAUUUAGAAUGGCACAGCAUGUGACAGUUAUUGUCAAUAAGUUACUGGAAGGAUUUAUAGUUAUCAGAAGAAAUAUUGCAGAGGACAAACAGGAUGAGUCAGGGAGAGAACCAUCCUUACAUUUUAGACUACAGGUCAGAAAUUAUUAACUGUAGACCUUGAGAAGCAAAGAAAUGCAUUUUGCUUGAACACUUGUUAUAUGUAUUUUGUCUGUGGUUUGCCUAAAUUCAGGUUUACAACACAGAUCCUUCUCUGUACCCAACUCACCACUUUUUCUUUACAUGCAGUUUUCUGAAAUAGCUUCAAGUACGUGACUGGAAAGAAAUUGUGACCUAAAUACAAGCAGGAUUUUUUUUGGCUGGUUAGCAGCCUUGGUUCCCAUAACAGCAAUGUUUUAAAUAGUCUGCCUUCAGAUGUCUGUGAUACUGAAAAAAGUAAUCUCACCAGUUAUUCAAACCAAUGGGGAAAAAUGGAUUUAUGGGAGGAUAUGAAAGAACAGAAUAAAUCCAGCUGAUCUAUUUGGCACUGUACCCGUUUCAAACAAAGGGGAGGCAAGCUCCAUGUAAAACCAUCACUUGUCAGCUAAGAAUGCAAGUGCAGAAUAUGACUGGAAUGAAGGAACAAAGAUCUACGUGGCUUCCCACAGGUUCAGGAAGGAGCUGUGUCACAACAUUGAGUCACUGGAUGUCAUGUUUCAGGGAUUUGCUUUACUGAAAGUGAAAUUAUUUGCAAAGUAGCAAAAUAUCUUUUCAGGUGUUGAAAUUCCUUGCAGUUCCUCAGUUAACACAGCGUAUGGUUGUGUGUUCCUAUAUUCUGAUAUCUCUUUACUUUUGCUUUGUGAGUGACUCAGAAAUAGCCAGAGGAAGGAAGGACUCUUCAGUGAAAUAAAGAGAACAGAUAGGUUGCAGCUCAAGCAAAUUUAGGUGAUUCUAGUUAUGUUGCUGUAUGGAGUUGUUUCUGGUACAGGUGUGAUUUGAAAUAGGUGAACUUUAAGGCCUUCAUUCAAUAAGUACAGAGCUGUAUUUGUUUAUAUUUGUAUCACUCACAGGAGAAAUAUCUGUGCAGAAAUAUGUCUGAGGCAUUGUGUUAUGCUGCUACUAAUUCUGGCAUACCCAUAUAUAUUAAGAUUUCAAGGAGGGAAUGUGCUGACUUUCUGCAGUGAAAUCACUUACGAUAUAACUUGUAGCUACUAUCAUGUAACUUAAUUUCUUUCUGAAGAUCUUGGUAAAAUCAGUGUAAUCUUUUCUACCCCUGUAUGUGUGCUCUCAUCAGAGGACUGAUACAAUAUAAUGUAACCGAGCAAAACAGAGUGGUGCAGUUUUUGUGUCAUUGAAGCCCAACAGCUGUGGGUAUGCAGAUACUGUAUGUAGGUUGUAUCCAGUCACUUCAGGGGUUCAGAAUUACCUGCAAAUGGAUAUUUGGCCUGGAAUGUUCUAUCAGCUGCUUUUUUUGCUGCAGGGACAGAUUCUGAUGCUCUUUCUUCUAUGAACUGUUCAGAAGUCCAGGAGACAUUUUUAUUUAGUGAUUUUUAAGGUAUUUCAGAAUUUGGAGUUCUAUGAAAUUUCAAGAAGUUUCUGGAAGCCAAAACUCCAGCUUUUGAAGCCCAAGUACAACCCAAAUUGACAUUUGGUUUCUGUGUUCCCUUUCUUUUUGUCUUUCUCUAUGCAAAUCAAUAUCACUAUGGACUAAACCUGGAGGUGUUUUUUCUAUGGGAGUUUUUUUUCCUGAAUUAAAACCCAGAUUCUGCAGGACUGACUCAGCAUUCCUGCUGCAGCUGGUGGGAACAGCUAAAAUUGUUGUGGCCAUUGAUGAAUUUUAUGUAGAUUCAAAAUAACUCAGAGUGCACUGGAUUGGAAUAGAAGAGGUUUUGGCGUAUCAUUUAAGAACUGUAUGGGCAGCCUAAAUGAUGUAAAGCUAAUAUUUUCAGAAAGACUCUUACAUUUGUACAGUGCUGGUGUGUAUCAGCCAAGCUACUGUAUUAAUCUGUUAUGAUUAUAUUCAUUCUGUAAGACUUCCAAAAGUUCCAGAGGCCAGACAGUCACAGGACUCAACUUUUUGAAAUGAGGAGAAAAACCCUGUAGGAACUUGAUGUUGUGAUUUUGAGACACAUAUGAGGGGAAUUUCUAGUUUUGUUGUGUGUGUGUUAUCUCUGUUCAGUGUUACGUUCUGCAGUGCUUUAUGAAAUGUAAGGUGUGCACAUUGCUAGCUGUUCACGGAGGGGUAGGAUCUCUGGAGGUGCUUAAGGAAAGGGAAGGUACUGAAGGUCAUGGUUCAGUGGGCACUGUUGGUUGUUGGCAGAUGAUUGGACUGGAUGGUCUUAGAGGUCUUUUCCAACAUUAAUGAUUCUAUGGUUCUGUGUGAUGAGUAAAUCACUGGGGUCUCGGAGCAACGAGGAAGGGAAACUUGCCCACAGAAGUGGGUUUUGUCUCCCCACUGCCUCUUACCAUGGGCAUUAUUGGUUUUUGAGAAAAUCCUACCAUUAUACUCAUUAAAUCAGGGCUUAAGGUGUUGCCUUUUACCCUGUAUUUUGGUGUGAUGCAUGUUUCUUAAAGGACUUUGGACCUGUGUGCUUGGGAGAUGUGGGGCAGAGGUGCUCCUUAGCCUGACUGGAUGAGCCAGUAUUGGAUGGUCUGGAAAACUGUAGAUGCAUCUGUUCUAUUUCAUGUGCUGACAGUGAGCUGUUUUGACUCACAGCCAUGUAAUCCACAUGUUCUGCAGAUUCAGAAAUUACAAAAUGGAAAAAACCAAACAAACCAACAAACAAAAAACAAUGACACCAAAAAAGGAACUUUGGACUUUCAUUCCCAUCUGUCUGUCAGGGCAUUUUGUUCUGAAUCUUUGAACUUUGUGAUCUUGAAGGUGGAUAGUUAGCCAAAAAAUUGAAGCUGUGUGUGUUUGGCUCCUGUUCAGGCCACUGGAUAAAAUGAGUAGAUUUCCAGAUAUUGUGGGUACUGGGCUUUGUCAUCUGCCCUUCUUGCUCUGCACAGACCUACAUUUGUCCUACUUAAAAAGCUAGGUAGGGUGCUUCCACCAUGAUAUCUGCAGACCCUGGAGUAUUGGGCAUGUUAGAAUAAAUUUGAAGGCAAAUAUUUGGACUAGAAAAUUGGCCUUGAAAAGUAAAUGAGCAUGAGUGUUGAACAUAAAUAGGGUGAUUCUACUCAUGAUAUUGUGUCUUCUAAUGUUCCUCUCUGAUAAUAGUGGCUGCAGUUAAAAGCUGAUAGACUGGUAAUCUCAACAGUGCUGAGUCACAGUUAGGGCAGUUGUUCUUCAGGGUUUGUUCAUCGGGUAUAAAUUUAGUGAAAUCCUUUGGGAUUCACAGUGUUAUCUUGUGCUCUGAAAAAACAAUCUGCACUGGGGCAGGUGCCCAGACCCACAAAAGGGCAAUGAGAAAGAUUUUAGCUGAAAAUUGAGGCCCACUGUUGCAUUUGAUAGACCAGCCCCAUCCAGGAAAGACUCAUUAGUCAUUCUGAAAGACCUGGUCGGUUAAACAAGAGGAAUCCUUGCUGAGUAAUAGGUACAAUAUGCACCCCUGGAGGAUUAUGCCCAGUGGUUUGUCUCCAUAAAUACAUCAGCAUAGUGACUUGUGUGUUGUAUGAAUGGAUACUUAAGUUUAUUGCCUUAACGAAGUUUUGUGGCAUCAGGGUAAAAACUUACUGCAGCUGCAGCACCUCCUCCCCCCCCCUCCCUACUCCUGAGCUGGUUGAAUUUCAUCACUCCACUUUUUGUCUGUCUUCCAACACGAGGGCAGAGGAAGAUAGAACAGACUGGAAAACAGCUCGUACUGCCGUUCUUCAUCUUUUCUCCAGUCACAGUUAUUCACCUUGAGCAAGUCUUUUGCACUGACAGGAAGCUGAAGCCCACCUUAAAUGCUCACAACUAGUGGAUGUAACCUGCAGAAUUCCUCCAGCCCAACAGCUGAUGGGGCUGCAGCAGGGGCGAAAGGAGGGCGAGGGACCCCGCAGGGGCUGGGCAGAAGGACUGUGCUGCAGCGACUGUGAAUCUCCGAGGGAGCAGAGGGGCAGGUCUUCGAGAAAGAGGUCGUCAAACCCACUGCAGCAGCACACAGGCGGCAUCAGGCUUGGCUGGAGGCCCGUUUUUUUCGGCGCCCUGCGCUGAUUUAACUCUCUCAGGCGGAUGCAUUUUAGCACUGCAGCAGCAGGUCCAGAAGUGCAGGCGGCUGGAGGCCCGCCCCGCGCCCCUGAAGAUUCAGCAGCGAAACCGGGGCGGAGGCGAGGGGCGGCGCGGCUGGGCACGGCCGGACAGCUCCCCUCCCUCCCUCCUCGGCGGCGGAACCGGCAGCGCGGAGCCCGGAGCUCCGAGGGGCGGCAACACGUGGGUGAGGCCGGGGCCGGGGGGGGGAGCGGGGCUCGGCCCGGCCGUGGGGGAGCGGCGGAGCGGCCGCUGUCCGACACCGCGGUGCUGAAGCGGAACCGGCCCCUCCCGCCGCGGAGCCGCUGUUUCUGUCCGCGGUGCUGAACCGCCGCCAGCCGCGGCUUAACGUCCUCCCCCGCCUCCGCCCGCGCGGCAGCUGGAGCAGGAGAAAGCGGAUCCGGCGAGUCCCGGUCCCUCCUCCUUCCUCCUCCUCCGCCUUCUCCUCCUCUUCUUCCUCCCCGGAGCAGCCGGAGGGGGAGAGGUCGGAGCCGCCGCCUCGGGCAGCCGCCGAGCAUGGGCCGAGCAGCCGGCGGCGGCCGGAGGCUGCUGCUCGCCGCUCGCAUGAGGCGGCCGGGCGGCGGGGUGUGAGGCCGGGCCAGGGCCGGGAGAGGCGGCUCCGACGGCUUCCCACCCCCGGCUAUGGCGGCGGCGGCUCGGUGGAGCCGCGGCGGGGCGGUGACGCUGGGCCUGCCGCUGCUGCUGCUGCUGGGGCUGAGCAUCGGGCGGACGGCGGGCGGGCCGCUCCGCUAUUCGGUGCGGGAGGAGCUGCCGCACGGCGCCUUCGUGGGUAACGUGGCGAGCGACCUGGGCGUGGAUCCGCGGCGACUGGCGGAGCGGGGAGCGCGGCUCACGUCGGGCAGCGGCCGGCAGUACCUGGAGCUGGAGCUGGGCCGCGGGGCACUGCUGGUGCGGGAGCGUAUGGACCGAGAGGUGCUGUGUGAGCUGAGCCCCACCUGCUUCCUCAGCCUGGAGCUGGUCAUCGAGCAGCCCAUCGAGGUGCACAAUGUGGAGGUGGAGGUACUGGACAUCAAUGACAAUGCGCCCCGCUUUCCCCGCCAGGAUUACCGGCUGGAGAUCAGUGAAUCUGCUCUUCCUGGGGCCCGCUUUCACAUCGAGAGUGCCCAGGACCCCGAUGUGGGCACCAACUCUGUGCAGAGCUACCAGCUGAGCCCCAGCCACCACUUUGCCCUGGACCUUAAAGGCUUCCAGAGUGGCAGCAAACUGCUGGAGCUUGUGCUGCAGCAGCCACUGGACCGGGAGCAGAGUGCCCUGCUGCAGCUAGUGCUCACUGCUGUGGAUGGUGGGGAUCCCCCCAGGUCCGGCACAGCUCAGAUCUCUGUGCGAGUUGUGGAUACCAACGACAACCCACCUGCCUUUGACCGCUCCACAUACACCGUGAACCUGCUGGAGAACUCACCCCCUGGCACGCUAGUUGUCAAACUCAAUGCUUCAGACCCCGAUGAGGGCUCCAAUGGGGAUGUGAUCUAUUCUUUUAGCAGCUAUACCCCACAGAAGGUGAGGCAGCUCUUUCGUGUGGAUCCACAUUCAGGAGAGGUACGGGUUAAUGGCACCUUGGAUUAUGAAGAAGCAUCCUCUUAUGAGAUCUAUGUGCAAGCCACUGAUCAGGGCCCUGUCUCUAUGGCUGGGCACUGCAAAGUGCUGGUCAAUAUUGUGGAUGCCAAUGAUAAUGUUCCUGAGGUGGUCCUGACCUCUUUGUACAGCCCAGUGCCAGAGGAUGCAAAGCCAGGAACUGUGGUGGCCUUGAUGAGUGUCACAGACCAGGACUCAGGGCUGAACAAGCAGGUGAGCCUGCGUAUUCCCCCUGGCCUUCCCUUUAUGCUCAACUCGUUCAAGAAUUCCUACACCUUGAUCACCCAAGGCAAUCUGGACCGUGAGAAAGCAGCAGCCUACAACAUUACAGUUACAGCUACUGACUCUGGGAGCCCCCCUCUCUCCUCCCAGAAAGUGAUCCAUGUGGUCAUCUCUGACAUCAAUGACAAUCCUCCGCUCUUUGAGGAACCUGUGUACUCAGUUUACAUCCCCGAGAACAACCCCCUUGGAGUUUUGCUUUGCACUAUCAAAGCCACUGACCCAGAUGUUGCCGAAAAUGCCUAUGUAUCCUAUUCUCUGCUGGAUGGGGAGAUUGAAGGGCUACCUGCCGCCUCCUUUGUCACCAUUAAAUCCGACAGCGGUGACAUGUAUGCUGUCAAAUCCUUUGACUAUGAGACACUAAGGGAGUUCCAUGUCGUUGUCCAGGCUCAGGAUGCUGGGAUCCCAUCACUGAGCAGCACUGUCACUGUCUACAUCUAUGUGGUAGACGUGAAUGACCAUGCUCCAGAGAUUCUGUAUCCUACCUCAACCAACAACUCAGCAGCCCUGGAGAUGAUCCCACGCUCAGCUCAUGCUGGAUAUUUGGUAACCAAAAUUAUAGCCAUUGAUGGGGACUCAGGACAAAAUGCCUGGCUGUUCUACUACAUGGUGCAAACCUCAGAUCCAGGUUUGUUCAGGAUAGAGCUCCAUACUGGGGAGAUUAGGACUACUCGGAAACUGAGGGAGGAGAGCACACCUACUUUCAACCUGACGGUGGAGGUGAGAGACAAUGGAGAGCCACCGAUGUCCUCAUCAGUAGCCAUCACUGUUGCCGUGGUGGACAGAGUUUCCAAAAUCAUCCCUGAUACAAGAAGGCAUGUUAGAAGUCCGAGCAAUUAUUCAGAAAUCACUCUUUAUCUCAUUAUUGCUUUGUGCUCCAUCUCCUUCGUUUUCCUUUUCACAAUCAUUGGGCUUACUGUUAUCAAGUGCUACAGAUACAGUCUGUACGGGGACUCCUGCUGUACAGGUUUCUGUAGGGUCAGAGAACGGUGCCCUGCUGAGCUGUACAAGCAGGCCAACAACAACAUCGAUGCGAGGUUGCCUCACGGUUUAAAAGUGCAGCCCCAUUUCAUUGAAGUGCGGGGCAAUGGGUCUCUCACUAAGACCUACUGCUAUAAGGCUUGCUUAACUGCAGGAUCGGGAAGUGACACUUUUAUGUUUUACAAUACUUGUGGGCCAACAGGAACGGUUCCUUCUGCAGUGGUGACUGAGAGGCAUCUGACAGGACAGAGUGGGCAGAGUGCACAAAACCUGAUCUUACUUAAAAAUGACUCCAUUACUCCUAACGAGGUAAAUGCUGGGAGUUUCAGGGUCCAUUUGCCAAAACACCCCAAUCCUGACUGGCGCUACUCCGCGUCCCUAAGGGCAGGAAUGCAAAGUUCUGUGCAUAUGGAGGAGGCAGGAAUCUUACGUGGAGGACCAGGAGGACCUGACCAGCAGUGGCCAACAGUCUCCAGUGCUACUCCAGAACCUGAGGCAGGAGAGAUGUCCCCCCCAGUGGGAGCUGGUGUGAACAGCAACAGCUGGACCUUUAAAUUUGGACCCGGCAAUUCGAAACAAGGUGGUCCUGGUGAGUUGCCAGACAAAUUCAUUAUCCCAGGAUCUCCCGCAAUCAUCUCCAUCCGGCAGGAGCCACCAAACAGCCAAAUUGACAAAAGUGACUUCAUUACUUUUGGCAAGAAGGAAGAGACCAAGAAAAAGAAGAAAAAGAAGAAGGGAAACAAGACUCAGGAGAAAAAAGAAAAGGGCAACAGCACCACUGAGAACAGUGAUCAGUGAGGGGUUUAUACUGAAAGAACCCCCUUAGCCAGUUUUUGUAAUAAUGGCAGAUUUCUCCUAUGUAGCAACUCUCAAUUUCUUCCUCCUGUUAACAAAUUUCCUGUCUGUACAGACUUCAGAAAAUCCGCAGGAAAUUCAUGGUGUCUGUCUAAAUUGCUUAACAGGUUUUGUCUUAAAAAAAGCUUUAUUAAGUCUGGUGUUAACUCUUUUUCUCCACUCUGGCUUGUUUUCAGAAUCUAAAAAGCAGACACAAGUUUCCUUUCUCCUACGCCGAAAAGGAGAAUCUUCACAGUACAGCCAGUGAGAGGUUGGACUCUCUGCACUGUGGUUCCUGUGCUCCUGUCUUGAUGACACUUAUAGGACAGGUUUAAAAGUUUUAAUGUUGUGCACCCUCUAUCUGAUGGAAAUCUUUGUGUGCAGAUGUCAGCUAGGUGAUAAGAAAUCAGGUUAUAAGAUGCAAGAAGAGCUGGUAAAUAUGCAACAGAGGAAACACCUAAUGAACAUACACGUUCAGAGAUGUUCAGGCUGUGGAGGAAAUGUCUGAAAGGUGACCAGACUUUUCAGACCUUGAGAAGUCGUUGUGUGGGAAUACUGAGUCUUAUACAUGACGUAUUGUACACACUCCUACAAAAAACCCCUCGCAUUUACAGCUCUUUAAGAUACCGUAAAUGUUACCUUUUUACCAAACAAGCCAUUGGGAACUCGUCCCUGGGAGCCCUGCAUUAUCCUGGCAAGGCCCUGGUGCUGUAGGGAGGGUUGGGCUGACAUCCCGGGAAUGCGACUGACUGUGAUGCUCUGUGUCCCUGUUGCCACUCUUGGAUUAUUUUGCACAUUUUGUCUCUGAAAAAGUCAGAGUUUUUCCACGACACUUAUGCAAAAGAGAGAAAAAAGAAAUGUUAACUAUGCUAUUUGUUAUCUGAGAUAUUUAUUUAUAAAGAAAUAUAGCUGUAAAUGUUAUAGAAAUAUGAUGCCCUUUAACCCAAACAGAAGUCAAUCUAGAGCCAUUCUAAAUUAAAAUUGCUGCUACUAAAGUGCUUUAGAAAAAUUGCCUGAAACAUCUGUAUUAUAUCGGCCACUUGCCAAUAACAGCUUUAUUCUGUCGGGUCACUUGGGGGCUGCCUCUUGCAUGUUAUUAAUGAAUAAGAGAAUUUAAUUUUUUUGCAUUAAUCUGCACUUUGAAUACACCUUUGCAAAUAAACUGUCCUGAUAUGAAGAAGCAGAAGCGAACUCCUCACGCAAAUGGAUUUACUAACCUGCUAGUUCUGUGCAGUACCUUGGUGUUCCUUCCUACGCACCCUUUUCUGACUUUAAUUUUACUUUUUCUAUGAGAUUAUGAAUUUCUGACCCUAUUAACACUUAUUAUGUAACAUUCAAGUACUGUAUGUAUGCUGUAUGCUCUUAUAAGAAUCCUGAAAUAUUUAUUCCGUGCUUGUGUAUGUGAAUGUCAAUGCAGCUAUUAUUAGAGUGGACUUUAAGCUUUACCGUUGAAUGUAAAUUCAUUCUUUCUUUUUUUGUACACUUGUGAAGAAGUGGAGUAGUGUUAAUUUUUUUAAGCCACUGUUGAUUAUCAGGUUUUCUUUUUGUGUAUGAAACACAAGUAAAAUAUCUUUCUUAAAUCACGCCAUGCAUGCAUUCUGAGAUUUAUUGAAGCUAAAGCUCUGUGAGUUACUAACCCUAUGAUUGGAGCACUAAACAUGAUUGAAGAUGUCAGUAUAAAACCAACACAUGUAUUUUUAAAACUAAUAGAGCUGAUGAGGGAAUUCCAAGGAGUUUUCUAUGUUACUGUACUUCCACAGAAUAAAGCUCAAGUGUUGUAUUAAUUGGAACUGUGUAAAGAACUACAUAGCUCUCCAAUUCCUGGCAGUCCCUCUAAUCUAGGAGCAAAGGGAACAAUUGUAUUUCUUGAGCUGUGUCCUGGAUGGUUGAUGUUUCCAAACUGCUGACAGUUAAGGACAGGUCAAUUCCUGUUCAUCUGAGAGCCCUGCUGCAAGUCUUAAAUCAUCACAGAAGAUAAAACUCUAAUUAAAAAAUCACACAAAUCUCUGAAAGUACAAACCACCCUGAGCCCCUCAUAUGGUAUGUUCAGUUCUAAAUUACUACCAGUCUUGUUUUACUGGGAAUAAAAGCAAUGCCACUUGAUUCAGUUUCAAAGUCUAGCCUAGAGGAACAAGCUUACGGUUUGGGGAGGUGAUUGUUCUUUUCCUUGGCUUUGAAAGUGUGCUAUUGUUACACAUCUAGACAGAGUAGGAUUGCAGGUCACAAUCAGGGUAACGCAUUCAGCUGGGAAUUAGGGGUUACUGCUUGAAUAUCACACAAGAGAGGAUCAGAGGUGGCCAAGACCAACAAGAAUAAAGACAUUAGAAAUUAUUUUAUUCUCCUACUGACAAUAAAGUCAGGAAACCAAAACUCAUUAGCAAAGAACUCACAAUUUUGGGAUACUUUUUACUACUUGAUCAGUUUACUCCUCUCAGAAUCCAUGUAUUGCCUGUGAGCAUAUUGUCAUUGAGAAAUUUGUUUGUAUGAAUACUGGACUGGUGGACAAAAACACGGGGCUUUUAAAACAAUUAAAGCUGACUUGUGUUGCUUCUUAA